AAGACCACAGCCAUAAAACAUUAGAUUACGCGGCGGCGCCCAAAAAAACACCUGAUCCUUCUCAUCUGCAGCUUACCUACACAUCCAUACUGAUUCAGCCAUGUCGAGUCCAAUAUGUCCUAUGCCACUGGGCGAAAUCGUCAGGGAUAUGCUGGGGAAAGAGAAGGAGACGAAUCCGGUUAAGAGACUUUAUGAUGAUGCUUUUAAAGCGGAUAUCGGGAGGUGGAUAGCUUCAUGUGCUGUUAUUGGGCUUUCGGCGGGGAUAAUAUCUAAACAUCCGGGACAUAAUUUGCUUGCUGCAUCAGCGUACAACCUUGCAGUCGGAGCUCUACAUUUCUUUGCUUUCAAGAUACCAGUCAGGCCACAAGGUCUCAGCAAUCCAAGACCGCCAAUAUGGUAUGUUUCGAUUCUGGCCCUUUCAACUGUAAUGUGGCUUGCCGCUCUUACCGUCAUAUUUGUCCUUCGGGAGGAUAUAGAUGCGUACAACGAGUCAAGUCUCGGCAAGCGAAGGACGGGCUUUGUUGGUGACAUAUCUACUGGAACAGUAGCGAUGCUUGACAACCUUAGCAUUGCUUGUGGCUGUUUUGGCAUUUGUGCAUUUUUGUUUUGUGUAUAUCAGUGGUUCAUUGUUCAUUAUCUUUACUCGACAAGAUUCAAGAAGACUGAAAUGCGAGAGGGAUAUAGGAAGAUCAAGAAGAUCGAACCUCCCAAGGAUGGCCCAUCAACAGCUGUUUAGAAUUGAUACCCGAUGCCCAAAUAUUUACGAGCUGGCUUAACUGUUUCAAUAUAGACUACUUGACUUCUGCUUGCGAAUGUCGAUAGGCAGUUGCCAUAAGGGCUGCAUCUGACUUAAUUUCCAGUCACUCCGACUUUCCAUCAUUUUCAGUGA